AUGGACCUUGCAAAUACUUGGGCCGGGCCGGGAUGCACAGGUACUCCCAAAGAUACCACGAUAAUCAACCAGAUGAUGCUCAGGUUCCGGCCUAUUGCGCCCAAGCCCGUAGCUAAUUCUUCGGGCCCGGGCUCUACGCCGGAAACUCUUGUUGUUGGAAAAAGAAGAACAAAGAGAAAGUACGUUAGAGUUAAGAAAAAUAACCAGUGCAAGAUUAAUAAAAAAGAAAAAAGUGAUGGAUCAUCGGAUGAUCAUCAAACUGCUGUAACUCUUCAGCUGCUGCCGGAAAGUAGUGGAGGAGUUAAAAGUUUGCCGGAGAACAGAUCUUACCCAAAAACUAUCAACUUUUUGGUGCAAGACCGAUCAAUAUGGAUAAAUAACAAUAUUUUAUCUAUCGGUGCACCGGAUCCGUCAGUAGAGAUCCGAUCUCCGAUGGUUGUGGAAUCAUGGGUGAUGGUGGACGGUUUAACAAACACUACUUUGGUAGAUUUAUCAGCUUUAGGAAGUACGGACAUGGAGAAGAUGAUGAAUCUACAGCGUGACACGUGUCCGGGGUUCAUAUCGGACGGUUUAGAUAGCGUGAAGUGGGUGAAUCUGGCGUAUCGGAGGAUGAUAGAUCCGGUAGAGGACGGAGGAGAACCGCCGGAGAUGGCGGUGCGUUUAGUAGUGAAGGAGAAUAAAAGUGCAGCAUUAUUAUUAUUGCCAAGUUUUGCAUGCAUAGUAAGAAUUGUGUAUACGUGGAAUAAAGUGAAGCAGUCAAGGACAAUGCCUUGUGAUGUAUGGAAGAUGGACUUUGGGGGAUUUGCAUGGAAAUUUGAUGCUAAGGCUGCACUUAGCUUGGGCCGUUGA